CGCGGAGCAGCGGAGUUGUAAACGGAGCGUGUGCACUUUUCAGCACCAAUACCGCGUGGAUAGCAGUCAAACGAACCGGAGGACGGUGCUCGUGUCUUAGCGGGAGUCCACUGCGAUCAACCGAGCAGCUCGCGGGUCGAACCACCGCUGCGACCGCGGGGCAUUUCACUGGUAAUUUUUGCGCCGACCAGAGGGGACGCGAACGGCGGCACAGCCCUAGCUUUGUCUGCCCCGGCGGGCGAAUCGAGCCAGGAGCCGCAUCUCGAUUUGCACAGGCAAGGGACAUCUUUCGGCCUGUCUUGCAGAAUUAGUGCGGGCCGGGUCCGUGGAACUGCGCCCCCGGGAGGACUGAAGGGAUGCAAAUGAAGGCGAAAAAAGGUGAUACAGAACACAAGUCGUCUUAGCCGGUUCGGGCCGCGCUCCUGUUUGUAGCCACACCACCGCCCGCUCGUGCCGCUAGCCGCCGAGGUCUCCAUUGUGUGAGCAUCUCUGUGCUAUUCCGCUGCCGACCCCCGGAUCCCGCGCUGCCACCACACACCUGCCCCCCCACCACAACCCCCUAACACGACUACAACCGUGCGUGUCUCCUCUUUGCUUGGGUUACUUGUUGAAUCCACGCACUCAAAAAUCCAAGAAAUGUGUUCCCGGGUUUGGUUCGUGACCGACCGGCGCAUCAGCCAGGAGUAUCCCCAAGUCCAGAUCCUCCGGGCGCUGAAGGAGCGCUGCGCCGACGAGGAUGUGGAAUUCCGCUCCCUCCUCAUGGAUCAAAUCGUGCUCACCAUCACCGAGGGUCAAUUGGGUCUGCGAGUGGAGCAGGAACUGGUGACGUCUUAUCCCCAGGUGGUGGUGGUGCGGGUGCCCACGCCCUGGGUGCAGUCAGACAGCGACAUCACUGUGCUGCGCCACCUGGAGAAGAUGGGCUGUCGGCUGAUCAACCGGCCCCAGGCGAUACUCAACUGUGUCAACAAGUUCUGGACCUUUCAGGAGCUGGCCGGCCACGGGGUGCCUCUUCCUGACACCUUCUCCUACGGCGGGCAUGACAACUUCCGUAAGAUGAUUGACGAAGCUGAGCCGCUGGGCUAUCCGGUGGUGGUGAAGAAUGCACGGGGCCACAGAGGGAAGGCGGUGUUCCUGGCACGGGACAAGCACCACCUCACAGACCUGUGCCACUUGAUCCGCCAUGACACGCCCUACCUGUUUCAGGAGUACGUCAAGGAGUCGCACGGCCGCGACGUAAGGGUGGUCCUGGUGGGCGGCCGUGUCAUCGGCUCCAUGCUACGCUGCUCCACUGAUGGUCGAAUGCAGAGCAACUGCUCCCUGGGUGGUGUAGGUAUGAUGUGCCCCCUGAGCGAGGAGGGAAAGCAGCUAGCCAUAGAGGUGUCCAACAUCCUGGGCAUGGACGUGUGCGGCAUUGACCUGCUGCAAAUGAACGACGGCUCGUUUGUGGUGUGCGAGGCCAACGCCAACGUGGGCUUCAUCGCCUUCGACCAGGCCUGCGGCAUGGACGUGGCGGGCAUCGUCGCUGACUUUGCCCUGUCGAUGCUCCCCAGCCGGCUCACCCGUAAGAUGUCCCUGCUCUCCGUCGUGUCAAGCACCAGUGAGACCAGCAGUGAGCCCGAGGUGUGCCCUGUGCCCGCUGGCGGCGGCUCGCUGCCUGAGGCCGUCUGCAACAUGAGCGUGGGCUCUACUUCCAGCGAGAGCGACCCGGAGCUGGCUGAGCCCUCCCAGUCCUCGCCCCGCCAGUCCACAGGCCCCGACUUGGCUGAUCUUCCCGGCCUCCCGGAUCCAGCCUACAACUUCAACACCCUCCUCGCCAAUGAGAUCAAGUUAUUGACUGACCCAAUCUACUAACUGUCUGGAAUCUAAAAAGGAGGCCUGCUUGAGGGGGCUAAAUCGAAACCUACCAGACAACAGGAAAAAGCAGCUUUUAGUCAAGCCUGCUGUCAAGUGAUCCCAGUGGCUCGACUGAUAGAAUAACAUCAUUUUACACUACUGUGAUGCUGUCCUCUAUCAAUUAAUCAAAACAUCUGACAAAGAAACUGUGAAAUCUGCUGAUGUCAAUUCUCUGACGUGCAGGGGCCGCUGAGCUUGAUCACUAAGUCUCAUCCCAACAUCCGAGUUUCUCUUCAGUUGUUGUCGUCCCCUUUUUCUUUUUUUUUAAGUGUCUUGUCUUUGUGUAUCAUUCCACUUUGUGUAAAUGAGUGUAAAUCAAAGAUCUCAUAUCCUCUUUGAGAAACGCCAGCCAUAAGAACGGAACAAAAUGCCCAUUUCUCUCUCACACAUUGAAAUAUGCAUUUUAUACAUCAUCCGCAUGUAGACAGAACACGUGUACCCACUGAAGGUUCAUUUAAAUGUGCCCGAACCACUUUCAAAAUGCCUUUUCAUUUUCUGGUUUCCUUUGGGAACAUUGAUUUGAGGACCCUUGUUGGGUCAGGCUCCCGGUUCAUGGGGGUUUCUUUCUAUACCUCACCGGCCGUGAAGAAGUGGAUCCAAGGCAUGGAAGCUGUUGAAAGAAACGUGGGCACCACAUGGUAGCGACACAGGGAAUCAAGAAAUGUGUGUUAAUUCUAAAGUUACUAAGACUGUAUUUGCCUGUGUGGUGCUUGGCCAGCCUGGAAUGAAAAUGUGGGGACAUCUGGACUAGUCACUGUGUAUGACAUCACACCAGAGCACAAGGUUGCUAUUUAACUCCAAACUGCUGCUAAUGUAUAUUUGGCUCAAAAAAUUAAAAAGGGAAUAUGAAGAGAUCCAAGUGUUUCCGUGUUUUGUUGCCUCACAACACGUGAAAAUGAAUCUGAAUGCCAAAAAUAAGAGUUUUGUUGUAUAAUUCAGUACUAAUAACACUUGUAGUGAGAUGAUUUUAAAAUUCUUUGUUUUGAUAUAAAGAGUAAAUGUCUGAGAAUUGUAUAAAAUACGUUGGAUUUCAUGGCAAUCAUCAGGUACAUUUUAUGUCAAUGUGUUUUGAAAACCUGAGGAUUGCUUAAAGGUUUACAAUCUGCUUUUAUUUGCAGGAGGAAAAUCCAAUGUUUAUGCUUCACUGAAAUCAUGCAGCUCUCAGUUUAUGACAUGUAGAUAUGAGAAACCUUUAAUCUGCAAAUGGUGAACUGAAGAAGAGGUCCUGAGCUGCUACAAUGAGCAAAAGCAUUGCAUUACAAAAGGUCUCAGUGAAUGCCCUCCCCAUUAUUCUCUGUAUGAUUCUGACAGUGUUACAAAAUGGAUCCCAAAAUAAUGUCAUUGACAGAUGUGCAAACUGCUGUAAAUAUAUAUCCCUCUUUUUUUAGAUUAAAAUAAAGAUGAGUCAUUAUUCAAAACUGAUAAA